GAACAGCCAUAAAAAAAUAUUAUAGCCCAAUUACCACAGCGCCAUAGCACCAAGAACAUUGGAAUGUUGAACUCAGAUCCGAACUUUCAGUUUACCAUGGUUAACCACGCUAUAAGUUACUCAAACCUACUUAUUAUACAGUUGGAAAUCCUGCUAUGGCGCUUCUAUCGAGUAUUCUUUCAUUACCUCGGCUUGAUGCGAACCCAAUUCGAUCCUUCACGAAACACUGUGAAAUUGACCUACUAUAGUGUCACCAUUGCCAAUAUGGUGGGUCUCUUUUGGGCGUUUAUACUGAUUAGAAGGUGGCCUAUAAACGGAAUACAGUUGGGAUUUAUUGUAUUUUUGCUGGUGCAACCCCGUUCGGUAUUUGAAAAACGGAUCAGGCUAACUAACGAUUUUCUUAGGAUUUCUUCGCAUUUAUAUCUGCGUUACAAACGAACUUUCCAACUUAACACUGCCCUACCUUUGAGUUUAAUGCUUAAAUUCUCCUUGCUUGCUCAAAUGGCGAGUCAGCAACCCAUUCUUUUUAUUGUCGCGGGUCAGUUUAUGCCGCAUAAUAUUGUGCCGCACAUCAUUAACAUAACUUGUAUGCUCGUGAGCUCUGCCAUUGUAUUAAUAUUUAAAUACAUCGAAUUUGUGAAUGAAGAAAUUACGGCUAUUGGAAAAAGACUACCGCUAGCGGUCCUGCGCAUGGAACACCGGGCGGUAAGACGGAUGAAGCGGCGAUUGGCCUACAUGCAAGCCCUGAAUAUAGUGUGUUCACAAAUCAUCAAAAUGAUUUUCGAAUGCCUGGGUACCCAGUUGCUUUUCUUGACGUACUUUAAUAUAAACUUUCUAGCAACGAUGAAAAUUGAGGGGCCUACAUCUUUCGCUCUAAAUGUUGCCUGCGGAAUGGCUGUCCAUUCUUUUCUAAUUUCUCUCGGGAGGCUAGCAACGAUGUACUCCUCAUCGCAUAUCGUGGAUUUCCAAGUGACGCCCAUAUAUGACGAAUUUCGGUCCAAUCAUAAUUGGGUGCAGAAAACAUUCUCUACUUGGAGGACCGAGGACUGGUCAGAUCAUAUUACCCAGGACUCAAUGCAUCAUUUGCUAAAACCACAGCUGCUGAUUCUUGGCUUGUUCGCUCCCAAUGAACGAUUCCUCUUUUAUACCAUCUUCACAUAUGGCACAAUUGCCUAUUUGAAAUUGAUGUGGGAACUGGCGGCCCUAAAUGCCGGAAAGAACAAAUAG